AUGCUGCCAUCGCGAUGGUCGCCCUGUCGAGCAAGCUACUACUUCUCAUCGAAAAGCUUGACCGUUGAGGUCUACCAGAUCCUCGUGGACCGCGGCUGGAGAAGAUCUGGUACCAUCUUCUACAAGCCCGACGUGCUGCGACACUGCUGUCCGCACUACACAAUUCGUCUACCCGUCGCUUCCUUCAAGCCCUCGAAGGAUCAGAGGAAGACAGUCAACCAUUGGAAUGACUAUGUGCUAGGCGAGGCUUAUAUGAAAGAGGCUUCUAGGCUUUACCCAAUAUCGAAAGAAGAGAAAGCUCGUGUCAAGAACACGUUUGACCUCAGUCGUGAGGUGCACAAGACCGAACUCCAGAAUGUCAAGCGCCCGCCUGAACCCGCACAUCGCUUCGAGGUGACACUCGAACUGGCGGCCUUCACGCCCGAGAAGUAUGAGUUGUUCAAGAACUAUCAGCAAAACGUACACAAAGAGAAACCUCAUGAGAUUUCUCAGUCGGGGUUCAAGCGUUUCUUAUGUGAUUCGCCGUUGAAGCAGACCUCUAGAACUGUCGACGGGAAAGAGCAGCUCCUAGGAUCAUACCACCAAUGCUACCGACUCGACGGACGACUCAUUGCGAUGGGCAUCCUUGAUCUGCUACCUCAUUGCGUUAGCGGUGUCUAUAUGCUCUAUCAUUCCGAUUUCGAGCAGUGGCAGUUUGGAAAGUUGAGUGCGCUACGAGAAGCGGCAUUGGCGCUUGAGGGUGGUUACCAGUACUACUACAUGGGAUACUACAUCCACUCCUGCGUCAAGAUGAAGUACAAGGGCGACUACAAAACUCAGCAUGUUUUAGAUCCUGAGACGUACGAGUGGCAUCCGCUGGAUGGCGAGUUGCGCGCUCUGCUAGACAAGAAGUCCUAUGUCUCGAUGUCUAGGGAACGUCGCAGGAAAGAGCAAGAGAGUGAUGAAGAGACGAGUGCCGCAGCAGAGCAGGAUGACUACUCGGACUAUCCUCUACCGACAGCUGCCGAAAGUGGCAAGGCCGUUUCCGACGGCAUGUCAUUGUUCGAUUUGAAGGUACCAGGGCUCAUGACAGCCGAAGAAAUCGAACAGCAACUUGACCUGGCCACCAUGCCCAUCCGGGUUCGUGGACAAAUGGCGGAAGCUCAGGAUCUUGUCUCUUGGGAGGGCAGUGAUUUGAAGAACCCUCGUUCAAUCAAGGGCAUCAUUGGCGAGAUUGUCGCAUGCAUGGGCCCUGAGGUCGCAUGGCAGGUAGUGGUACAGCUUGGAUGA